CUGCAGCUGUCCGGUGACAACCAGAGCCCGCAGGCCGCCUCGGCCCCCCGCGACCUCGCCAUGGUGCGCGCGGGCCCUGUGGGGACACAUCUCCCCACGUCCGGCUUGGACAUUUUCGGGGACCUGAGGAAGAUGAACAAGCGCCAGCUUUACUACCAGGUCCUGAACUUCGCCAUGAUUGUGUCGUCUGCACUCAUGAUCUGGAAAGGUCUGAUUGUCCUGACGGGCAGCGAGAGCCCCAUCGUGGUUGUGCUCAGUGGCAGCAUGGAGCCAGCCUUCCACAGAGGAGACCUUCUCUUCCUGACCAACUUCCGGGAAGACCCCAUCAGAGCUGGCGAAAUAGUUGUCUUUAAAGUCGAAGGACGAGACAUUCCAAUAGUUCACAGAGUAAUCAAAGUCCAUGAAAAAGAGAGUGGCGACAUCAAGUUCCUGACGAAGGGAGACAACAACGAGGUGGACGACAGGGGCUUGUACAAAGAAGGCCAGAACUGGCUCGAAAAGAAGGACGUGGUGGGCAGAGCCAGAGGGUUUUUGCCGUAUGUUGGUAUGGUUACCAUAAUAAUGAAUGAUUAUCCAAAAUUCAAGUAUGCGCUUUUGGCUGUGAUGGGUGCAUAUGUGUUACUGAAACGUGAGUCCUAGAACGAGAAGCAGCUCCUGCCACCAGAUUGAAAUGAAUUCUGUUGAAAAAGAGAAAAACUAAUAUAUUUGAAACGUUCCACUUUCUGUAUAAAAGGACACAGGACAGAGAUGUUUUUGUCCAAAUAAAUGAGUCAUCAGUAA